AUGAACCUUGCCUCUAAAAUACUAUCUAAACGGAACAAGACCCAAUUGCAAGAAGAUGUAGUUAAAGGUAGGAUGCACCUCAAUCUACCGCAAGCAAUGAGCCAGGUUCUAGUCCAGGACUCUCCACAACUUCCAACCGGCCCAGACAUGGGAUAUGUACAGGAAAACACGCCCCUUAGGCCUGUGCAGGUUUAA